CAACCGCCUCGCUCGGCCGGCGCUCUGAGGGGACGUGGCGGUAUCAUGUAUCCCACAAGACCCCCAUUCCGGGGUGGUGCAUCUUUCCACAUGCCUCAGAGUGGCCAUGUGCCUGAAUCUCUGCCACAGCUGCUUGAAGAUAAUGUAUACAGUAGAGGAAGGUCUAUUCCUUCAGCUGGUAGGAUGCAAAGAGUAUGUGAGAUGGUACAGAAACAACCAGGACAUUUGCAACAGGAGCAUUCCACAUCUACCUCAACUCUGCAAUCUAUGUUCCGGGGACUUGGUUUUGAGACUGCUCCAAAGCCUGCUUUGGGCCGAGGCAUUUUGGGUAACAUCAAUAUCAAACCCAAAGUGGACUUGCCAGCACAGCAUGGAGAGUUUAGAGGAGGGCCAGCUGGAGACAGCAAGGUGGAAAGGCUGCUUCUGGGACGUGGCAGGGUACCUGGUCUUGUGGAAAGUGAAAUUCCUUUUGUUGGUCUUGGAAGAGCAGGUUUGGGACUUGGCAGGGCCUGUGGAGACCCAUCUGCUGUAAGUGCAGGAGUUGUGCAGAAAGCACCAAUAGAACCUCCUAGAUCAGAGAUUUCUUCAGAAGUUUCUAAGAAGCUUAUGGAGAAAAAAGAACCGCUAAUGAAGCAAGGCUCAAAAGGAGUACCUGUUCCCUUGGCUUUAAACCUGAUAAAAAUCCAUUGUCAAAAUGAAGCUGUGUACCAAUAUCAUGUGACAUUCAGCCCCAGUGUAGAAUGUAAGAGUAUGCGUUUUGGGAUGUUGAAGGAGCAUAAAUCGGUGACGGGAGAGGUUACAGCAUUUGAUGGCUCUAUUCUGUACUUGCCAAUAAAGUUGCCUGAGGAUGUAAAUCUGAAGUGUCAGAGAAGAACAGAUGGUGUGGAGGUUAGUGUAACUAUACAGAUGACCAAAAUCCUGGAGCCUAGUUCAGAUCUGUGCAUUCCAUUUUACAACGUUGUUUUCAGGAGGGUGAUGAGAAUUUUAGAUAUGAAACUUGUUGGGAGGAAUUUCUUUGACCCUACCAGUGCUACUGUACUGCAGCAGUAUAGAUUGCAGAUAUGGCCUGGCUAUGCAGCCAGUAUCCGGAGAACAGACGGGGGACUAUUCCUGUUAGCUGAUGUUGUACACAAGGUUAUUCGGAAUGAUUCUGUCCUGGAUUUCAUGCAUGCAAUUUACCUACAGAGUCGAGAGAACUUCCAAGAUGAGUGUACAAAGCAGCUAAUUGGCAACAUUAUAAUUACCCGUUACAACAACAACACUUACCGUAUUGAUGACAUUGACUGGAACAAGACGCCAAAGGACAGUUUUACCAUGUCUGAUGGAAAGGAGAUCACCUUCAUAGACUAUUACAGUAAAAACUAUGGGAUAACCAUCAGAGAAGUCGACCAGCCACUUCUGAUUCACAGACCCAAUGAAAGAAAGAAUCCUUCAGGGAAGCUGCAAAAGGGUGAAAUCCUACUGCUUCCAGAGGUCACCUUCCUGACUGGAAUUCCUGAGAAAAUGAAGAAAGAUUUCAGAGUCAUGAAGGACCUUAGCCAGCAGAUCAACCUGAGCCCUAAGCAGCACUACCUAAGUUUGAGACAGCUUCUGAGCAGAAUUGAGAAGAAUGAGACUGCCCACAAUGAAUUGUCACGAUGGGGACUUCAUUUGGACAAUGAUGUGCAUAAGACAAAAGGACGUAUUCUCCCCAUGGAAAGAAUCAACCUGAAGAAUAGCUCGUUUAAUACAUCAGAAGACCUAAACUGGUCCAAAGAAGUAGUCAGAGAAGCCUGCAUCUCUGCAAUUCCAGUUCAUUACUGGGCACUGUUUUAUCCGAAGCGGACAAUGGAACAAGCUCGUGAACUGGUCAGCAUGAUGCAGAAGAUCUCUGGCUCACUUGGUAUCCAGAUAACUCCACCUGCUUGGAAUGAAUUGAAGGAUGACCGAAUAGAGACUUAUGCCAGAGCUAUCAAAUCAUUACUAAGUAGUGAGGAAACUCUACAGUUGGUAGUUUGCAUUAUCACUGGGACUAAAGAUGACUUGUAUGGGGCCAUUAAAAAAUUGUGUUGUGUACAAUCUCCAAUACCUUCUCAGGUUAUUAAUGUUCGAACCAUUACAACCAAUCCUAGCAAAUUUAGGAGCAUAGCGCAAAAAAUUCUGCUGCAGAUAAAUUGUAAGCUAGGUGGAGAACUCUGGGGUGUGGACAUCCCUCUGAAACAGUUGAUGGCAAUUGGCAUGGAUGUGUAUCAUGACCCCAGUAGGGGAAAGCGUUCUGUGGUUGGCUUUGUGGCAAGCAUCAAUCACACUUUGACAAGAUGGUACUCUAGAGUAGUAUUCCAGCUGCCUCAUCAAGAAAUUGUAGAUAGCCUGAAGGUCUGCUUGGUGGGUGCCCUGCAGAAGUUCCAUGAGGUGAACCACUAUCUCCCUGAUAAGAUUGUGGUUUACAGAGAUGGUGUAUCGGAUAGCCAGCUGAAAAUGGUGGAGAGCUAUGAAAUCCCCCAGCUAGAGAAAUGUUUCGAAGCUUUUGAGAAUUAUGAGCCUAAAAUGGUGGUGAUAGUUGUACAGAAGAAAAUCAGUGCCAACAUAUAUUUGGCAGCCAAUGAUCACUUCUCCACUCCGACUCCGGGUACAGUGAUAGACCAUACAAUCACCAGCCGAGAUUGGGUGGAUUUUUACUUGAUGGCUCAUUAUGCACGACAAGGCUGUGGCAUCCCAACUCACUAUGUCUGUGUAAGAAAUACUGCCAACCUCAGUCCUGACCACCUGCAGAGGCUGACCUUCAAGCUUUGCCACAUAUACUGGAAUUGGCCAGGAACCAUCAGAGUGCCAGCUCCUUGCAAGUAUGCUCACAAGUUGGCCUUUCUCUCAGGUCAAAUUCUACACCAUGAACCAGCAAUUGAGCUCAGUGAAAAGCUCUUCUUCCUAUAGUUUCUCCAGCCAGUUGACUCCAGCCAGGAGCAUGGAGAAUGCAGUCCCCCAAGGCAGAGACGAGGAGGAAAUCUCUUCCUGAAUCACACUGUUGGACAGCACAUACUGCCCACACGUGAGCCCUGCAGCAGCUGUUAGCGUCCUCGGUCUUAUACAUGUUUACUUCAAAGUGAAAACCCAACUAUUCUUCAAAUUUCAGCAGUUUGUAACAAGUAAUAAAUGGUAACCUAAUUUCAGCAAAAUAGCUAAUAGCUGGCAACUAUUUUAACUUUGUGAAUACUGCCUAGAAUUUUCAUUUUUGUGUUAUUGUGUAUGUUCAGUUAAUACAUAUCUUGCUUUAGUUUUAAUAGGUGGUUAUAAUACUAGAAAACUUUUUUUAAAAAAACAACAACAACCCAUGGACAUUCCCCAAGUAUCUAAAGAUUUUUCAGUUGGAUUAUUUAAAGUUUUCCUAUAGUUAUAUACUUUAACCUUAAUACUAUCAUGUUCUUUAAAUGGAAACGUGUCUUUUUUCUCUUUUUGUUAAAGGUAAAAAUUCCU